AUGAAAACAUAUACCAGUCCAGUCAGCAAGUUGAAAAUGCGAGUUUUAAUUGAAAUUUUAUUAAUAAAUAAAUGUUUAAAAUAUAAAUUGUGAGUUUAUGUUUUGGAUAAGAAUAGUCAUAUUAAGAUAUCAUAUAUUUACAAUUGAUUUUUUAUAAUUAAUAUAAUAAAAAUUUAUGAUGGCACAAAUUUUUUUGGAAUUGAUGAGAAUUCAUACAAUAUUUUGCAUUUUUUUCCAAAAGAGGCUCAUUAUUGUUUCGAAUUUCAGUUUUAA